AUGUCCAGAUGUCUGCUUGAAGGAAUUAAAGUUAUAGCACGUGACUGUCCCGCGGCGCCGUUACGCGCUAGUGCGCUUCCGACGCAUUAUCAUCGCCUGCUCCACCUCGAGCUCUUGUCCCCGCUGCUGCUCGGCCACCACCCCCAAUCGCACUAUCCUUCCAGUGAAGGCAACUCCGCAAAGAUGGAUAUUGACAUGGAAAUAGAUUAUGACGCCAGCACAAACAUCGAUACGAGCAAUCAUCAGCCAGCACAGGCUACCGCCGUAGAAAACAACGAGACUGCAGUGCCCGCGGCCUACUUUGAGAGCCUGGACGAGCGACCCUCAGAUCCAUGGCCCGAAAAUCUGAACCUCCAAGGCGUGAACGAAUUCGACCCCAACGACCCUCUUUAUUAUGCGAUAGAGCAUUGCCUCGAGCCACGCGUUAAACUCACCCGUUGGGUCAAUGACAACUCCGUAAACCUUCAAUAUUACAGCGCCGAAGACGCCGCGAUCGCGCUCAGCGCUCUUACCGACCCGGAUGCUGGAGACCCCGCGUCAAUCGCACCACAAACGGGUCGCAAAGCCCGCCCCUACUCGAAACGGCCAGGCCUUCUACUUUCCAUCCGGCAAGCAAAUUCGAGCGACUCUAAACCCAGAGGUGCUGCAAAUCGCAGUCAAUACUAUAAACAAAACCCCGAUGUGCGCGGUGAGCGUGAGGAGCGAAGCGAUCGGUCGAGGGAACCUAGACGCCGGCAACCUCCUCGGAGAGAUUUUCUCGACUAUGAUGACAUGGACACAGGAGAGAAAGCGAGAAGAAGUGCCAGCGGCGACAAUCGCUUACGCGACUUUGACAAUCGCCGGAAUCGCCGGAAUGACAAUUGGGAGAGGGACGGCAAUCGUGAGAGAAACGGCAGAAUGCGGAACGAUGUCGACACGUACCGACCUGGUUCUAAGAGCCCGCGUGAGUCGCGUUUUGGACGGCUUCGUGGACGCAGUGCUUCUCCUGGUUCAGCCGAUGACGGCGAUGGUCGAUAUGGCUUCACUGAGCAAGGAACAAGCACACGUACCCGCUAUCGUAGCAGGAGCCGAAGCCGCAAUAACCAUAAUCGCCGUAGACGAGAAGUCAGCGGCGACCGAUGGACUCAUGACCGGGCCGGCUUCGAUCAAGGCUCUCCUGAACGAUGGACCAAGGACUCAACCUCUUAUUUCGAUGCUUCUCCUAGCAUGAGCAACCAUCGUAGGUCUGAUGCCUUUGAUGAGACGGCAAAAGGAUCGUUACUAUCCAGAAUGACAAAGGACGGCAGACCCCUUGCUCCCAAAUCACGGUCUUUGGCAAGUCGCAUAACUCGCGAUGACGAUGAGGGUGAUUCAUAUGGACGCUUGAAGGAUGACUAUAGUGACGUUCGUACGACCGAUUUCUCCGAACCAUCAAAGCAAGGACUUGCUGGUCGUAUUACAAGGGAUGACGAAGAUGGCAUUCAGAUCCGCGGACGGGCUGGCGAGAAUGAAGGCAUCAACAUCCGAGGUGCUUCUCAAGGAGGUUUUACGAUCCGUGGCACGGCCGGGGGCUAUUAA